CUGUACCAGAGAUUGGUUGGUCUCCUGUUCACAAUGUCCGCAAGACUUUUGUUGGCGCUUGUUUGCGUAAGCGAACUGUCAUCGUUAAUAAUGGCCGGCGGUGGUGGUGGUCACAAGAAGGUGAUCAUCCAUGUCCCGGUGUUCGUGAAACACCACCACCAUAAACACACCAUCGUGAAGCAUGUCCAUCAUAAGAGUGGUGGUGGCGGUGGUGAUGAUCACUAUGAAGUCCUUGGUUACACGUAUGGUGAACCCAAAGCAGCUCCGCACGGUGGGGGUCAUGGGUGGGGUGCAGCAGAAGAAAGCUACGGCCACGAGUCGCCUGUGAGCUUCGAAGGCGGAGACCAUGGCAGUUACUCCCUCAGUGGUGAUGGACAUGGCUACUGACCCUAUGAGUGAAGAGCUAAUUAUUAUUAGUGACAUAACAGUAUUAAAUAAGUAUUUAAAUGAAGCAUAAUCUUAAUAUUUCGAAUUCCGAAGGCAUGUAGAAAAAUUAUGAGAAUGUGAUUUAUAAAGAUUUAAUGUUUUGAAAAUACCAGUUGCAUACCAAGUAUGAGGUAUUGUUAAAAGAUAUACGGCGACAUAAAAUAUCCUAACGAAAACGACAUUUCUACGCAA